AUGCCGGUGCAGCAGUCGCUGUUGUUGGACAGCGACCUCCGUAACUGGGUGCUUUUGCCCAUUACGGUGGUGAUGGUGCUGGUGGGGAUGUUUCGGAACAAUUUGAUGCAGCUAUUUGAGAGCAAGCCCAAGCUGGCGACGUUGGCGGCUGCGCGGCAGCAGAAUAUCAUGCGGCGUGCGUCGGCGCUGCGUUUGAACUACCCGGUGCUCCCGCCGGCGUCGGUGGCGGCGCGCAAAGCGUUUCUGGCGCGUGUGCUGUCGGACGGCUCCUACCUGGACCCGCAAGCGAAGCGUGUGACGUCGCCGGACGAGAUGCCCGAGUCGCCGGUGAAUGAUGCGAUGAUGGAGAACCUGAUGGACCAGGCGAAGCGCAGUCUGCUGAUGAUGGUGCCGCAGACGGUGAUUAUGGGCUGGGUCAACUUUUUCUUCACGGGCUUUGUGCUGAUCCGCCUGCCCUUCCCGCUCACGCAGCGCUUCAAGAUCAUGCUCCAGCGCGAUAUCGACACGCCUGAUCUGGACGUGUCGUGGGUCUCGUCGCUGAGCUGGUACUUUUUGAACUUGUACGGACUCGAUGCUAUCUACCGCCUCGUGCUGGGCAACAACCGCGCGGCCGACUCGAUGCGCGACAUGGCGGCGUUCGGUGCUGGCGCCGCGAUGAUGCAGCAGCAGCCGCAGAUGCCGGGCCAGCAGGUGGACCAUGCGAAGCUGCACGCGGCGGAGCGCGAGAGUCUCGAGCUGAUUGGUGCCGUCAGCACGAAGGACGCCCGCUGGAUCGGCGAUGGGAUCGAGGCGCGUGUGCUCGGCGCAUAUGCCUCUUCAUAG